CACAAUUUUCUUAGUACUUUCAAACUCUUUUUGUAAGUGAUUGCAAUUUUCAAGAUUAAUCUUACAGAUCCUGCUCCACUCCGUCUUCCAAUGUGAUAGAUACUCUCGCAGCCACGCUUUAUUUUUUCUAUGUUUUCAAAGCCACGCAUCGUGGGGUUACUAUGUCUGAUACCAACAUAAAUGCAGAAUAUAUGGAUGAACAAUCAACCUUCACUCGCUCACAAGCGGAGGAAAUAUUCAGAGAACUGGAAGAACAAGGAGCUCAAGAGAGAAAACUUCAAGCAAAUGGAACAGAUCUCCCUUUGGAAAUACCCAAAGCCUUGGACAGUGCAUCUUCAGCACAACUUAGGACAACUCCAAGCAGUACAAGAAAACCGUACAACAAUAUAACGAUGAUACGAGGGCAAAAGCAGAACAAUUUAAUAAAGGAUUCAUCAAUGAGAAACUAACAUCGCAAAUAACGAUUUACAUGAACAGUUCACACAGGGCCUUAAGAACAGCAUAUGUUUAUUUAAAAAUCACAUG